AUCACGUGUCAUGCAGAAUAUACUGUAUUGUACGAUUUAUGUUAUUUUGGUUUUGAGUUUCAAUGAUGAAGUUGCUUCCAUGCCCGGAAACAAGACUACAAAGGCCAACAACUUUCUUAUCUCAAAAUGGAAAAUAUGGUUUUCCUGGUUUGAUCAUGACAAAGAUUGCAAGGUGAAUGCUGCAGAUUUAGAAACAGCAAGGAAUAGAUUCGCUAAUCUCCAUCAUUUAACUUCUAAGCGAAGGAAAGUUGCAGUGGAUACAUACACCAAAUGGUGGGGUGAGUACCUAAUGUGGGGACAGUCAGAAAUCACGGAGGCCGAAUUUGUUGAGUACCAGAGAAAGGCAUAUGAGUCAGAUAAAGAAAUGUUUGUCAAAAGAAUGUGGGAAAACGAGGAACUUGUAUGUAACUUAAUGGACAUUGAUGGAGAUGGGAUGAUAACAGAAAAAGAACAUAUUGUUAUGUUUGAAUCGGCCGAGCAUAACGAUGAGAAUGUUGACCGUAGAUGGUUUAAUGACUUGAAUCCUGUUAAUAGAAAAAUUUCGGUCAAGACGAUGGUGGAAAUUUUCUUACGCUUUCUCACGUGCGACGACAGCUUCAAACCUGAUUUAAUAGUAGAAUUAUAUCAAACUGACACUCUGUAACUUUAUUGCAAUGCCUAUUACUCCGAUAUAUAAUAGUUUGCCCGAAGCAUUAAGUAAGAUAUUUAUAUUUCUUACCAAUUCAAUGUCAAUUUUAAGGUCGGAAAUAACACUUCCUUUGUAUAAUUUGGAAAUGAAGUCGAUGAGAUACAAUGCAAUUUGUUUUGAUGAUUUUUUGUCAUGAAGGACAUUUACUUUACAAUUACCAAGCUCCAACCAUCAAUUAUUUGUAAUUAUUAUGUCAUUAUGGUCACACAUAUCCAAUGAUUAAAGAUCUGCCAGCCACAUAAUUCAUAUAAUACAAGUAACAAAGAUUAGUUUUUGUAGUCAGUUGAAGAAAUUGCAUAAAAUGGUGAAAUGAAAACUUAUACAAUAGACGUUUAUAUGCAUGCAUUGCAUUAAUCCUAUUCAAUGUUUUUUAUAAUGAAUUGGAAAGGGUUCAGCUGUACUAAUGAUGGAAAAUAUAAAAGCUUGCAGAAUUUUCACCGAAUUAUUCCUAUAAUUAUUAACAAUGAUAAGUGAAAAAAUCUAGGAAAAAUUUAUCUCUUGAAACCAAGGGCAAUAAAAAGGAAGAACUCGUUCUGAUUGAGACUGUUCAUUAGAUAAUGAAAAGUAAGUGCGACAUCUUUCAUCCCUCCCUAACACAAGCUUAUGUAGUAUUUAAUCUACGACAUAUUGCAUAGUUUAUUCAAUUUGACUAUUUCUCACCUCGGGCAAAGCGUAUUAUCCCCGUGACCAUUGACACUGACACUUAUUGUCAUAAGAAGAAAUGCAAUGCUUCCUUUCUUUUAAUGUAAAUAAUCUGUAUACUAGGUGUUGAAUAAAUAAGUCUAAUUUAUAGGAAAAUUAGGAGAGAUAUGUUACAUUUUAUUGUUAGCUUGUUAAUAAGGUGACAAGUGUAAGAUAUGCCUUUACGACUGCAUUGUAAAGAUACUGCUUUCAUAAAAACAUAUUGAUCUUCGUUUCCUAUUUCUUUCUAAGACUGAUGAAUUACCACAAUUUCCUUUACCUUAUCAUGUCUCAGUAUCUUUUUUACCUUAUCAUGUCUCAGUAUUUUUAAACUGUUUAGACUUUGCCUUUUUCCUUUUAUUGAUAAGCAUAUUUCAAAUGAAUUUUUCAAUUUAUACGCGUCUUGCAAGUAAAGUUUCGGUCGAAUACACCAUACUUGUUAUGUACAUACGAUUAGAGCUAACCUGCCUGAAAAGUUGAGCACACAAAAAAAAUAUUGAGAAUAUUUUAUUUUUCGCCC